ACACACACACACAGGUGCUGCUGAGGGGAUUCAGCUCGCGACCGUAUAUUGGGGAUGAUAGGUUGGGACGUGUCACGUGGGGGGGACCUUGCCAGGAGUUCAAUGUAAAGCCAGCCCACAUUUCCGAUAUGACGUCAUAUCGGCAGCAAAUCUGGAUCAGCUCGUUUGUACCCCAGUUUUUAGAGAUGUGGGUAACGAAGAAAAGAGAGAGGGUUGUAUUUUCUGACCUUUUGUGAGUCUCCUUACACACCGGGGACACAUAUUUAUGUACAAAAGACAGCAAAAUGUGCAUUUUACAUAAUGGGGGACCUUUACUUAGGACAAUGUUUUGGGGCAGAAUAUUAACAUAAGAUGUUAAUAUUUGUUUCUUUAAAAUUAAAAACGUUACGGGCGGCUGCCACAAGAUUAAUCUUAAAUUGAAUAAACAAUCCCUACUGCAAUUACCAAGUAUAUCCAUUUACAAAAGGAAGGUAGCAUUAGGUGAGUAUUAUUUAAUAUAAUUGCAAAAGUGUAUAUGUUGAAUUUUUCUACAUUUUUUAUAUUUACAAAGACUGCACAGAGCAGAUGCACACGUGACAAAAUUGCCUUUUCCCUAAAAAAAUGUUCACAAAAAUAGGAAUCUACUACAAGAGUCUCUUGCAGUUUUCUUAUAGUCAAAGGUUUGCAGUUUUUAGACGAAAUAAAACAAAGCUGUGAUAUAACUGAUAUUGCACCCCUUAGCACUUUUACGACGGUCCCUAACUUCAGUGGGUCAUCUCCUGUUUAGAGAGCUCUAUGCUGUGUACAUCAUAUCAGGUUCUGAUGUGAAUCAGAAUCAAAUGUGAAACACCUUUGCCACACCAGGAGAGAUGUAUCCUGCACAUCACAACAGGGCUGUUACCAUCUUAUGGUCAUACUAAAACCAUAGCGAGAACAACCUCGGCGAGCGUGAGAAUACCAUCAACCCAGGAAAACCUCCAGCAGCUGCUGCCGCCCGGCUGUCAGAGGCGGAGAGGACCCAACCAUCUGACGCGAAGUGGGGGGAGAGACUGAUCUAAGCUGCUUACACCAGGCCAGCAGGCCCACGGUUGAACUGAUACGAAGAAUGGACGGCUUCAUUACUGCAGCGGAACAUGGCUUGUAAGAAGAGGCGUUGUUCGGCAGUGCUACCAACGACAUAACUGGACCAGACCUCCCGAAGGAAUGUUCACCCUCACAGAAGUAGCCUCCCUAAAUGACAUCCAGCCAACGUAUCGCAUACUGAAACCAUGGUGGGAUGUCUUCAUGGAUUAUCUGGGGAUCGUCAUGUUGAUGUUGGCCAUAUUUUCUGGAACUAUGCAGUUAACAAGGGACCAAGUAGUUUGUCUUCCCAUACUGGAACCAACUCCAGAGGGAACUGGGGGCUUUAUACAACCCCAACCACCGGAGACAGUUGAUAGUUUAUGGAACAAAGAAAGCGCCAUUGGAGAGCAAGCUGCUCCUCUAAUGGCUAAAAGGCCUCCUGAUAAAAUCCCCCCCACAGUCCCUGUCACACAGUCAAGUUCUAUUGGACAGCCUCUGCCUACAGGUGUCAGGACCAAGCUGGAUUUUCAGCAGUAUGUUUUUGUCAAUCAGAUGUGCUACCAUGUUGCCCUUCCUUGGUAUUCCAAAUAUUUCCCAUACCUCGCUCUGAUCCACACUAUCGUAUUAAUGGUCAGCAGCAACUUUUGGUUCAAGUACCCAAAGACAAGUUCCAAAAUAGAACAUUUUGUUUCCAUACUUGGAAAAUGUUUCGAAUCACCUUGGACUACCAAAGCGCUGUCGGAAACCGCCUGCGAGGACUCGGAGGAGAACAAGCAGAGACUGGCAGGAGCUUCCACCCUCCUGAAGCAUCUGUCCACCAGCAGCGAGGAGGGUAGUCCAAACCAGUCCGCCCCAAUGCUCACCAAAUCUGGGGUCACCUUUUCUGCUGAAAAGCUUGUGAGUGAAGUUCCUGCCAUGACCAUACUGGACAAGAAAGACGGAGAGCAAGCCAAAGCCCUGUUUGAAAAAGUUCGGAAAUUCCGUGCCCAUGUGGAAGACAGUGACCUGAUCUACAGGUUGUAUGCCAUUCAGACCGUCAUCAAAACAGUGAAGUUCAUUCUGAUCCUGUGCUACACCAUGACUUUUGUUGCUUCUAUAGAUUUCGACCAUGUGUGUGAGCCUGAAAUAAAGCAUUUAACUGGAUACAAGAGGUUCCAUUGUACACACAACAUGGCGUUCAUGUUAAAGAAACUCCUUGUUAGUUACAUUGCUCUCAUAUGCGCGUAUGGCGUAAUCUGUAUCUACACUCUGUUCUGGCUUUUUCGGCGACCACUUAAAGAGUAUUCCUUUGAAAAAGUCAGAGAGGAGAGCAGCUUCAGUGACAUUCCAGAUGUGAAGAAUGACUUUGCGUUCCUCCUCCACAUGGUUGAUCAGUACGACCAGCUGUACUCAAAACGCUUUGGGGUUUUUCUCUCCGAGGUGAGUGAAAACAAACUUCGGGAGAUCAGCCUGAACCACGAGUGGACCUUUGAGAAGUUGCGGCAGCAUGUGAUACGCAACCCUCAAGAAAAGUUGGAACUCCAUCUUUUUAUGCUCUCCGGAGUGCCAGAUGCUGUAUUUGAUCUCACUGAUUUGGAAAUCCUUAAACUAGAAUUAAUCCCAGAGGCAAGGAUAACAGCUAAAAUCUCACAAAUGAUAAACCUCCAGGAGCUGCACUUAUAUCACUGUCCGGCCAAAGUUGAGCAAACUGCUUUCAUUUUUCUCCGUGAUCACCUCCGGUGCCUUCAUGUCAAAUUCACAGAUGUCGCUGAGAUUCCUAGCUGGGUUUACUUGUUGAAAAAUUUAAGGGAACUGUACCUUAUUGGUAACCUGAACUCUGAAAACAACAAAAUGAUUGGACUCGAGUCCCUGAGAGACCUCAGGCACUUAAAGAUUCUGCAUCUCAAAAGCAACCUCACAAAGAUCCCGACAAACAUAACGGACCUGUCGCCGCAUCUGAUCAAGUUGGUCAUUCAUAAUGAUGGUACAAAGCUCUUAGUUCUUAAUAGUUUAAAGAAAAUAAUGAAUCUCGCCGAACUGGAGCUUCUCAACUGUGAGCUGGAGCGAAUCCCUCACGCUAUUUUCAGUUUGAAUAACCUUCAGGAACUGGAUCUAAAGUCCAACAACAUCCGUACCAUUGAGGAGAUCAUCAGCUUUCAGCACCUCAAGAGACUGACCUGCCUCAAACUCUGGCACAAUAAGAUCAUCACCAUUCCAUUGUCAAUAAGCCAUGUCAAAAACCUUGAAUCCCUUUAUCUGUCACAUAACAAGCUAGAGUCUCUACCCUCAUCAUUAUUCACCCUUCUCAAGUUGAGGUACCUCGAUGUUAGCCACAACUCCGUUGUGACAAUACCACUGGAAGUCGGCUUCCUGCAGAACCUCCAACACUUCGCCAUUACUGCCAACAAAUUGGAGGUACUUCCCAAGCAACUCUUCAAGUGCAGCAAACUGAGAACCUUAUGUCUCGGCCACAACUGUAUCUCCACAAUUCCAGAGAAGAUUAGCCAACUCUCGCAGCUGACCCACCUGGAGCUGAGGGGAAACUGUCUGGAUCGUCUCCCAGUUCAGCUGGGUCAGUGCGGACAGCUACGCAAGAGCUGCCUGAUUGUGGAGGAUCAUCUGUUUGACUUGCUUCCCGGCGAGGUCAAAGAGAGCAUCAAUCAGGAAUCUAGUGUUUCUUUUCCAAAUGGCUGUAAGUGUCUAAGUGAUGGCCGGUAGUAACAUCCUGCGUGGCAUCAAAUGUCCAGCAUUUCAUUUUUUUAAAGGUAUGCCUUUAGAAACGUAAAAGUUAUCUUCAUGAUGUUUGAGCAAGUCGGAACCACUGGAGAAAUGCUUGUUGAAUUCUAGAAAUGAUCUUGUUAACAGUCUAUCACAAUGUCUUUAUUUUUGGUUAAUAUGUGCAUAGCAUCAAAACACUCCCACUUUGUACCUUUUGUAUGCAAAACUAUUGGACAUUUAUGUCAUUUUGGAACAAUACACCUUUUUGUUUUUGUGAAUUUGUUUUAUCACUUACCUAACUAGGUACCAGGGCAGUGGUGGCAAAGUCCAUAGGGACUUGGCUUGGGAACUGGAAAGUCACCGGUUCAAGUCCCUGAAAGAAAGUGCUACCGAGGUGUUCCUGAGCAAGACACCAUUCCCUAAACCUGAACAAAUAAAAUCAAACUAUUUUUAGACAAUACUAGGUCAGGAAAUACACUCGAUGUGGUUUGGUUGAAAGGAAAACUUAAGGUCCAAUUUAAAGCUUUGCUCAUAUGUUUGAAUAGGUGAAUUACAUCCAUGAAGAAGUCUACAAAAGUGAUAAAAGCUCCAGAAGUAUUAAUAAUGCUACUACUGCUUCCAGUGUGUUCUUCACUUUACCUCCACAGUAUAGACCACAAUGAUAUGCUGCACACACAUGGGAGGGCUGUGUAGGGAUGACCUUUAUAAAACCUAUGCAUUCCAAUUUGAAUAUACUUUGAAUAUAUGUACAUGUUGCAUCAGUAAGAAGUGAUUAUGUUAUGAUACACUGGAUUAUUGUUCCUCCAGAGGAGUAUAUUGUUUCCCUGUGUACAGCCAACCCGCACUGAUGUUUUUCUUAGCUGUACUUUUGCUCACGUUUGAUUUAUUUUUCGUAAACUAUGUGUACCAUGCAUUUUGUGAGUUUUUUGUAUGUAUUUAUUAUCUCAUUGUCAGUUCUCUGUUCCUCUGCACAGCACUUUGUAAACCUGGUUUUAAAAUGUGCUACAUGAAUAAAAACAAUUACUUAUUA